AUGGAGGAAGUCAUAGAUAUUCUGGAUGGGAUAGAAGACGAAGAUUUCGAAGAAGUAGUUCAAAUUAGAAGAGGACCAACAAAAAUUCGAACAAGAAUUGACCAUUUUACAAAGUGGGAUGAAGCAGAGUUUUUUGCCAGAUAUAGGAUGAGGAAGAGAACGGCUAAUAUAGUGUUGGAAUUGAUCAAAGAGGAAAUAAAGUGUGCAACAAUUAAAAACAGAGCAAUAUCUCCUGAAAUGAAGUUCCUAGUCACACUCAAGUUCUAUGCUUCAAGUGGUUUUUUAAUAAAUGUAGGGGAUCAAAAUGGCAUUCAUAAAUCAACAGUGAGCAAAAUUGUCAAACAGGUAUCAGAGGCUAUUGCACGGUUACGUCCACAAUUCAUUUGUAUGCCAUCAACACAAGAAGAACAGUCAAAGACGAAACUUGGCUUCUUUGAAAUAGCUCGGUUCCCAAACUGUGUAGGCGCUAUCGACUGCACUCAUGUAAAGAUUUUGUCUCCAGGUGGUGACAACGCAGAGUAUUUUAGGAAUAGAAAAGGUGUUUUUUCAAUAAACGUACAAGGGGUUUGUGAUAGUUCCCUGCGCCUUACAAAUAUAGUAGCCAGAUGGCCUGGCUCAACCCAUGAUGCCCACAUCUUUACUUCCUGUCAGCUUAAACAAGAAUUUGAAAAUGGACUGUUUGGAAACGGUGUGUUGGUUGGAGAUAGUGGUUAUGCCUGCACAAUAUUACACAACAUAUGCAUUAUGGAAGGUGAUGAUACUCCGCCUGUUUCUCCUGAUGAAUUAGCUGCAAUUGAAGCUCUUCAUGAUCUGCUAGGAAAUGACGGCCAAGUUCCAGAAAGGCAGAGGCAAAGAGGAGGAAAUGGACACUUACAGACCCGCAACAAACUAAUUUACGAAUAUUUCAGAAAUAUGUAA